UUUGGAAGGCGACGGAGCCGAGGAGAGCGGGGCUUCGGACUGUCCUGGGCAACACCUGGAUAAGCGCUACCUGCCCGGCCUCGCGCCCCGAAGGCCAGCCUUCUCUCCUCUAGUGUCACCAUGGGAAUCCAAGGCCUGGCCAAACUGAUUGCCGACGUGGCCCCCAGUGCCAUCCGAGAGAAUGACAUCAAGAGUUACUUCGGCCGCAAGGUGGCCAUCGACGCGUCCAUGAGCAUCUAUCAGUUCCUGAUCGCCGUGCGCCAGGGCGGGGAUGUGCUGCAGAACGAGGAGGGUGAGACCACCAGCCACCUGAUGGGCAUGUUCUACCGCACCAUCCGCAUGAUGGAGAAUGGCAUCAAGCCCGUGUACGUCUUUGACGGCAAGCCCCCGCAGCUCAAGUCGGGAGAGCUGGCCAAGCGCAGCGAGCGCCGGGCCGAGGCGGAGAAGCAGCUGCAGCAGGCUCAGGCUGCCGGGGCCGAGGAGGAGGUGGAGAAAUUCACCAAGCGGCUGGUGAAGGUCACCAAACAGCACAACGACGAGUGCAAGCACCUGCUGAGCCUCAUGGGCAUCCCGUACCUCGAUGCCCCCAGCGAGGCGGAGGCCAGCUGCGCGGCCCUGGUGAAGGCGGGCAAGGUCUACGCCGCGGCCACCGAGGACAUGGACUGCCUCACCUUCGGCAGCCCCGUGCUCAUGCGCCACCUGACGGCCAGCGAGGCCAAGAAGCUGCCCAUCCAGGAGUUCCACCUGAGCCGCAUCCUGCAGGAGCUGGGGCUGAACCAGGCGCAGUUUGUGGAUCUGUGCAUCCUGCUGGGCAGCGACUACUGUGAGAGCAUCCGGGGCAUCGGGCCCAAGCGAGCUGUGGACCUCAUCCAGAAACACAAGAGCAUUGAGGAGAUCGUGCGACGGCUCGACCCCAACAAGUACCCCGUGCCCGAAAAUUGGCUGCACAAGGAGGCCCAGCAGCUCUUCCUGGAGCCCGAGGUGCUGGACCCAGAGUCCGUGGAGCUCAAGUGGAGCGAGCCGAACGAAGAGGAGCUGGUCAAAUUCCUGUGCGGUGAGAAGCAGUUCUCGGAGGAGCGCAUCCGCAGUGGCGUCAGGCGGCUGAGCAAGAGCCGCCAGGGCAGCACCCAGGGCCGCCUGGAUGAUUUCUUCAAGGUGACCGGCUCGCUCUCCUCGGCCAAGCGCAAGGAGCCGGAGCCCAAAGCAUCCGCUAAGAAGAAGGCAAAGAUGGGGGCGGCCGGGAAGUUCAGAAGGGGGAAAUAAAUGUCUCCCUGUCAUUGUGUCUCCUUGACCCCAGAACACUGGCCUUGUUGUAUGUGCCCUCCGGAACUGCAGCUAGGGGAUCCGCCGCGGGGUGGGGAGGGCAUCCCAUUGCUCUCGCAGGGCCACCCUUCUUGGUAGUUUGUUUGAUUUUGUUUUGUUUUUCACUUGAUCUCUUGGCAGGAAGACAUAAAAGUGUUUUGUUUUUUAGCUCAGGAAAAUGAGUCAGGCUCGAACCACUUCUCAGGCAGUUUGAUGGACACUGGAUCCAUUGUUACAUGGAAGUGACAACAGCAAGUUUAGAGAAGGAGAGAAAUGGUGAUCAAAGACAAUGUGGAAAUAAAUUCCUGGCUGACCAUCUGGCGGCAUGUGGGAGGUGAUGGUGGGAGCCGACCAGAGCGCUUCUCAGGGUCAGCCUGGACCCUCCCUCACCCCGAAGCUGGGCAUCAGAAAGAGCCGGUCAUAACAGGUGCUGAACGCACCCGAGAGAAGAGGAAGAGCAGGUGCAUUUGGUUACUGGCUUUGUUUUAAGAUGGGUAGAAACUUGAACUUGCUAUGUGAUCUGAAUCUUUAAAUUGGUUAUUUGCCUUUCUGAGACAGUCCACGGAGUGGAGACAUUGGGGUAAGACACUGGUUUCCAUGUCCUGUUUUUGUGUUAGAUACAAAGAGAGGAAAACAAAAGUCAAUAAAAUGAUGAAAGUAACCAGAACUUCGCGUGCCAUGAAAACAAUCGGAAAUGUACUGCUGCAUGUUUUGAGUGUGGCCACAAGAGGGCGCCAUACUCCAUUGGAUGGACCCUGCAAGCUCAAAGUUCUUAGGGUAGAACUCUAGUAUUUUGGGUAGGAAAAAACAUGUUAACGAAUCAAUUGAAUUCCUAGUCCUUUACCUACCAUGUAUGAGAUAAAGGAACUCCAUGGAGAAUCGCUAAAAUUGUAGUUCACAAUACCCAGGCAUUUGCUUUGUUUACAAAUCGCCAAGAAUUGCUAUGCAGAUAGCUCUUGCCUGUUCUUGUUGUGACAUCAAAUAGAAGUUGCUGUUUCUCAAA